GCAACAAAUCGAGACGCAAAAGACAACUGCCGGUUUGACUCUCCUCAUUUUCGGAACGAAAAUCGCCCAGUCAUUCUCCGGUGGUGGCGCCGCCGCCGGGAAAACUGCUCGUACAGUACAGAAAUGGCGGGAACCACCGUGGUUGUGUUCGAUUUCGAUCACACAAUGAUCGAAGACAACAGCGACACCUGGGUAGUGGACCAAAUGGGCCUAACCCAUCUGUUCAAUCAGCUUCGCCGUACAUUACCUUGGACCUCUCUCAUGGACAGGAUGAUGGAGGUGCUCCACGCAAGAGGGAAAACAAUUGAGGAAAUCACGGAGUGUUUGAGGCGGGUUCCUAUGAAUCCCAGAGUAAUUUCAGCCAUCAGAAAAGCCCAUUCUCUUCCUUGGUGCGAAUUAAGAAUAAUCAGCGACGCGAAUCAGUUCUUUAUUGAGACAAUCUUGAAGCAAUUUGGGUUGUUUGAUUGUUUCACGGAGAUAGUUACAAACCCUAGCAUUAUUGAAGGAGGCAGGCUGAGGAUAUUCCCUUACCAUUCCUCUCCUCAUGGUAGCAGUUUAUGCCCUCCCAAUUUGUGCAAGGGUCUCGUCAUAGAGCAGAUCGAAGCUUCUAUUUCUGAGAAAGGGAAGAUAAGAAUGGUCUACCUUGGAGAUGGAAGAGGUGAUUUCUGCCCAGGUCUGAAGCUUGGAGAGGGAGACCAUGUGAUGCCAAGAAAGGAUUUUCCUUUAUGGAAGAGGAUUUGUGAUAACCGUACGAUUACCAAGGCAAAGGUCUAUGAGUGGAGCAACGGAGAGGAGCUUGAGAGGAACCUGAGCCAGCUUAUUGACACAGGCACCAUAUAAGGAAACUCUGAUUCUUCGUUUUACUUCGUUAAUGCAAUUAACGCUCCGAUAGGUAUAUCAUCUGAAACUUUUCAAUGUCAGACUACUACUCUUUGGGUUGAUGUAGAAUGACUUUGGAUAUCAUUUUCCAAUGUUUCACAUCAAACUUUAAAAAAUAUUUGAGGAUUGGGUUGUAACCCUGCAAAGAAAGCUAGAUUAUUCUCGUGGAAGUAAUAUUACAACACGGUUUUCUUAUGUUAUUCUUGCUUAUGCAAUCAACAUAUCCACCUUGAAGAGCAUCUGCAGGCAUCAUGGGAUUCAUUCCAAAAUGGAUAAAAGACAGUGGUAAUUCCUCCCUGAUCUCCUUCCCAGCCGCCUUUUCAGAUGAUUAAGAGGAGAGAAUGCAGAGAAACCAUAAUCUUCCCGACAAAAGGUUUAUGUUUCUAUGAUUCACAUAUUAGAACAUAACUCCUUUUUCAUUCUAUCAUAUAUCCUUCCCUGAUGAGAGGCGAGGAAAUUGGCUCGGGCAAGUUUUGGGGUAAACUCUUCCAUAUCUCAUACUCCAUAGGGCCCCGCAAGAGAAAAUUGGCUUGGGUAGCUAUGGGCUAUUUUAUCUGGCAAGAGAGGAAUUGCAGAGUUUCUACCCUAGCCAAUUGCAGAGUAUGGUUCAAUAGCAGAUGUCAAGAAACUCCUACUAUUCAUUAUUCUUACCCUGAUAAUUUCCGCGUAUGAGAUUUUUGUUUCCUUUUGUGUACAAUGAAACUAAGGCAAUAGGCAUAUGAACUGGAAUGUCAAACAACGUAGUCCACAGCCUAUCCAAAUCUCAAUAAUCUUCAUAAGGUUGCCGAUCCCAUGAACUUUAGUGAAGGCUGCGGAUCAAUGAAGAGGAAAAGACCACAGGUUGGGUUAUUUCAAGAAAUAUGAUACAUGGUUGUCAUCAGUUCCAAGUUCAACAGAACAUUUCCUCGCUAGAUUUUCCCUCAAACCUUCUAAAUCAGAACAUUUCCAGAUAAGUUGUUACAUCUGUUAGAAAUUCGGUUUGGAUGUAAUUUUUUUUCAUUUUCUUUUUUGUGGGUAGGUUUAAUGUUAGUAUUUGGUUUUGAAGGCUUUCUCUCUUUAAUUGCUUUUUUAUUUUUCUUCUUCUUGUUUGUUCAUGAGGUGAUUGCUCGAAGGUUUGAAUUCUUGACGGACAAAGCUACCAUAUAAAUAGUAUGCAAUUUUUAUA